AUGAAAGAUAAAGGAAGUUUUGUGUUAUUUAUUCUGUUUCUUUUAGUAAUAGAUAGGUGUGUUUGUGAUGUGAAAAGUAGUUUAACAUUUGUAAUUGAUAAUACCGCCUCGAUGACAGAUGAUAUAGAUGCAGUGAAAGUGGGUGCAAAUGCAAUAUUUGAUACUGUGAUGCGCUCAAACUCUUCACAUGUUGAAGAUUUUGUUUUGGUGACUUUUAACGAUCCAAAUUUGUCCAUUAACCACACUUUCCAGACAGAUCUGACGUCGCGCGACAACGCAAGUCAUGCUAAGCGACCGGUAUUACACUUAUUUGUUCAUGUCGUUAUAGCAACCCAAUUUCGGGCAAAAACCAAAGAUAGAAGUAUAUUUAAGAAAGAACUGAGGGAUAUCACUUUGCGCGGAAAUCCCGACUGUCCCGAGAUGGCAAUGGCUGGCAUCAUACAAGGGAUUCAGAACAGCCGAGAAGGUUCCACCAUAUAUGUGUUUACGGAUGCUUCAGCCAAAGACUACGAGAAAUACGAGGAAGUAGAAGCGCUGAGCCAGAAAAUGGGGUGUCAGAUAGUAUUUGUACUAACCGGCAUUUGUUACGGUGACAAGAAGGCGCCGGAGUACGUGGUGUAUAACAAACUUGCCAAAGCUACCAAUGGGCAGGUGUUUCACUUACAAAAAAGUGAAAUCGGUGAGAUUCUGAAGUACGUUCAAAAUACGAUAGAGAGCCGCAAGAAUAUACUGACAAGUAAAAUAUUUGCCGCAGGUCAUGGCAAGUUUGACGUACCUAUAGACGGAGAUACGAAAGAACUAGUCAUUGCUGUAUCAGGCGAGCGUCCGUCGUUUAGCGUGACCGAUUCCAGGGGCACUACAUGGCCUACUACUAAUAUCACCAGACUUAGUGAGAUUGCGGUGGUGAAGGUAGUAGGCGUGACACCUGGUCUCUAUACAGUACAAGUCCGCAGUAAAGGCGAGACCCAUGUAGUCGUGUCAGGAACUACCUCAGUACACUUCCAGCAUGGAUUUUCGACCAUCAGCCCUUCAGAUAUCAAGGAUACUGUAACGCGGCCCGUUCCAGGUGUAAAAUCCCACCUCUCUAUAAAAUUAUCAACUGACGGUGGAAACUUGGAGCUACACAGUGUUCAGAUACUGGACAUGAAUGACAAUGUGAUCUCAGAAACACCACUAAAGAUCGUUAAUAAAGCUGAACAGUUCUAUAAGACUGAGCAGAUUAUACCACCAGACCACAUGUUCAAAGUCGCGAUAAAAGGCUACGAUGUCAACAGCAAAACCUUUCUAACGAGAAUCAGUUUAACACCAGUCAAACCUCAGGAAAUUAAGCCUGGUAUUUCAAGGGGAAUUUACUUAAAAGGUUUUGUUUUAAUGUGUGUACAAAAUAUUACAGCUGCAGUUAAAAGAACUCCCGAAGUAGAGUGCGACGCUAAAGUUAAUGCUGCUUACGACAAACCAGUGGAAUUGAAGUGCAAAGUCAGCGGUUAUCCAAAGCCAGACGUAAUUUGGGAGACUGAUGACAAAUCUGCUUUUUUCUCUCAUUUUGUAAGUUUAGUACCUACACGUAAAGAAAACAUAAUUUACAGCGAAUCUAUAAAAGAACUGCCGUAUGACUACAUCACCGUGCUCACAAUAAAUAAUGUUAGAAAGAAUAGUACUUACACCUGUCAAGCUGCUAAUAGUGCGGGUAGUGCCGAAAGCAGUACCGUUGUUGAAACAAAGAUGGAGAGAUACUUUAAGGUUAUAGCUUUUCCAAAGGACGAUGGUUCUCAUGAUAAAAUUCUCGUGUUCUGUUCCAAACAGGCCUCUGAUGUCGUAAAAGGGAACACUGGAUUCCUUGGAGAUGGCACCUUCAAACUAACCAAGCUCUCUGAGACCGUCACAAAGUGCACGGAUAAACUAGCUCUGUUCGAAAACAGGCUAACAACGGCUGAAACUAAAAUUGAACUGCUGGAAGAGCAGAAACUUGUUAAUCAUUUUCUUCAACAGAGAGUCAGUGAGCUUGAAGAGCAAAUCAACAACCAGGAGCAAAUUUCUACCCAAAACGAGAUCGAGAUUAUGGGUGUCAAUGAAUCACCCCAAGAAAACCCGGUGCAUUUAGCGUUAUGUGUUGCAGCAAAGAUUGGAUUAGCUCUGAAAGAAGAGGACGUAGACUCCGUGACCAGAGUUGAUACUAUCAUCGAGUACCAGAAGUCAGUAAGAAUACCCUGCAAAAUAAAAGCUUUUUCACCAGCAAAAGUCUCAUGGUACAAAGGUGGGCGUCCACUCAGACCUGAUGGAAACCUGGACGUGUCAGAAGACGGGUCCGUCCUCACUAUCCGGUCUAUGGAACCUAAAAUGGCCGACAACUACAUAUGCGAGGCGAGAAAUGAUGUUAGGAGGAAAAUUUUCAAGUUUAGUGUGGAUAUUAGUGGAGUUGAGGCGCCAGAAAUAAAUAAGAGAAUUACCAGCAUCACGGCUGUGAAAAACUCUGAGGUGGACAUUCCUUGCCAGUUUGAUGCUAUUUCAUCAGAUGAAGGAGAAUACGAAUGCGAAGCAAGCAAUACACACGGGGUAGACCGAAUUAUUUACAAACUCCAUAUUUAUGGUUCUUUUAACAUAGUUUUAUUUUCUUUGUCAGUUCCAGUCGAUAUUGAGUCUCCCGCCAACAGUUUAAUAGAGCAAAUGGAAGGUUCAAGGGUAACAUUGCCUUGUAGAGCGGACGGGUCUCCCAAGCCAAGUAUAACUUGGAUCUACCACAGCAAAGACGCUAAAGUCGGACCGAGUCGAAUUAGGCCAAGCGACAAUACAGGACGGUUAAGCUUUGACAGGAUACAAUUAAGGCAGAGUGGUGAGUACACUUGCGUGGCUACCAACUCCAGAAGUUCUAAGAACAUCACGUAUGAAGUUUCAGUUUUAGCACCUCCUAAAAUUUACUACACUACAAAAGAGUUCCAUGGAGUUGUAGGUGACAUGGUACUUCGGAUUCCGUGCAAUGCUACUGGAAACCCAAAACCUGAAAUCACGUGGACUAUGGAAGGGUACCACUUAGCUUCAGGUACCAAAUGGUAUGACAUUAGUGCAGAUGGCAGUCUCAUUAUUAAGAAUAUCAAAGAAAUAUCUGCUGGGUAUUACUCAUGUAAAGCUUCCAAUGAUUAUGGACAAGCAGAGGAAGAAUUUGAUGUCGUUGUUGACGAUUUUCCUGAUCUGGGAUUUCGUAUCAAUAAAUUCAAGUUGACAAAAGGAGACUCGGCGAUGAUCCCUUGUGAUGUUCCGCGAAAAAAACCUGACAGAUUACUAUGGUUUAAGGAUGGUCGACUUCUUCCUUCAUCUGAUUUAGCAUUUCGCGUCCUGUCCGAAUCGGACUCGGGAACAUAUACAUGCCGCGUUAGCUCCAUGGACCGACCAGCAAUGAGUGGUUCCACUACGGUAGAGGUUGGCUUCAAACCGCAAUUUGAGUACCCUGUCUACAACAAGAAUAUAUCCUUUGUGCCCGGAGAAUUUGCCACGAUAGACUGUACGGCUGCUGGACUUCCAAAACCCGAGGUGCAAUGGUACCAUAAUAACAGGCCGAUAAGUUACAAAAACUUUAAAUAUGUCUUGGACAUGUACAGCGACUACGAUAAAGGACGCUACACUUGCAUCGUCAGGAACUCCUAUGGAACAGUGCAGCGAGAGUUUGUCGUUUCGUCAUUUGGAUGCCUGCUAAGUGUAAAGCACGACUUUAGUAAAAACGAACCUCUAAUGUUGACCUCCGAUAACAAAGUAACUAACUUUAAAACUAGAGGUAGCUACAUGAAUAUACCUAAAGACGAAACCAUCAAGUUGGUGUGCCCUUCGAGCUUUAACACGAUACCUUUAAGAGAAAUGUUGGUGACUUGUGAAAAUGCGCAACAAUUUUUGCAUCAGUCAUCAGGCAGACGUUACGCUUACUCUGACCUUAAAUGCAGAGACAAAUGGAAGCCGAUAGUUAAAAGAACAGGGCGACGGUGUGCAAAAAGAAAAGCUGAAAUAUUGAACGUUGGCUUCGAGACCGGAGAAACAUUCGAGACAGUUUACGAAGUUUGCUUUGCCCGGGAUUCAAAGAACCCUAUUUAUACAAAGCUAGACCUGCAACCAUCGCUAGCUAAUUCUGUAACUACUAACGAUACUGUAUGGUUUCACUAUGGUUCUCCUGUGGACUUGGGUGGUAUAUACGAUUGCAGUAAUCAGAAUGCAGAGACCUCAGCGAUUUUGAAUAAGGAGUUUCACACAGGUGACGGUUGUUGUUUUGCGAAGAGAAUGUUGGUGAAUCCUUUGGACGUUGCUCCUGGGCUACAGGGUGCCACCUACACCCAUCUAAAUAUUGUGCCUCAUUGGGGCACUUGUAACUCUAAGAAUUGGGAAGAAGUGGAGCGUCGUAUCAGAAAUCUGGUGGCGUCUUCGGACCGGACCCUUCAAGUAUUCACCGGCACGGGGUACAACCUGCAGCUGACGGAUUCGUUCUCGAGACAAAGGAAUGUGGUUCUUAACAGUAGGGGAAAGGGUAUCCAGGUUCCGAGGUACUUGUGGAAGGCAAUCCAAGACCCGUCUACCAAGACUUCCUUGGCCAUCAUUCAAGUGAACGUGCCUGACUUGAGCCUGUCGAGCGUGCGUAGCUAUCAGCUCUGCAAUGACGUUUGUAAGAAUGUUAAAUGGAUGCAGACCGGACAUUGGCGCAAUGUAAGCCACGGGUUCACAUACUGCUGCAGUCUAGCUGACUUUGAGCGCGCGUUCCGAUACCAAGGCGUAUUCCCCGACUUCAAAAAAUUACUGCGUGCCUGA